CAACUUUUCUUUCCUCCCAACUCGAUUUUUUUUUCUUUCUUCCUCCUCCGCUACCAACAACCCAUCCCACCUCCCUCUCUCCCCACCUCCUCCACCGCACACGACACGAAAAUGGUCAGAGAAGCCCGUCCGAAGGUCGGACGCAAGGCCCGCACCAAACAGGGCCUGGUCCCUACCCUCACCGAGUUCCAGGCCGGCAUGCUAGAACACAAGCCGUACCGCGGCAGCCACGGCGCGGGCGCGAAAAGAAACGGCACAAACGACAGGAACGGCGAGCGUAAGCGCAAGCGGGCGGACGGCGAUCGCGAGUCAAAGUACUUGAACAGCAAGAAGACGGCCGGGAAGGCGGAGAAGGUGGAUUUCGUCGAGCGGAGUAGUGUAAAGAAAGCAAAGGCUGCUGGUGAUGAUGAUUUCUAUGAUUUUGGAGACGAUGACGAGCAGAAUGGCGCUGCGUCGGAUUCUGACUCUUCUCCCGUUGACGAUGUCUACGACUCUGGAGAGGACGAGGACGAAGAAGGAAAACCGAUAUUCAGCGACGACGAAGGCGACACUGAUCUCCUAGAGUCUGCAAAUAUGCAGGGUCUUAAGAAGGCUUUCAAGACUGUCGGAGAGAAGGAUGACGACAAGGAAGAGGACGAGGAGGAGGUAGAUGACGAUGAAGAGGAAGAAGAGGAGGUAGAUGACGAUGAAGAGGAAGAGGACGGAGAAGAGGACGAGUUUGAAUUCGAAGACAAUGACUCGGAUGGUCUAGUCGAAGGCUCAGACGGCGCCUCCGACCUCAACGAUUCCGACGUCGCUGAUGAAUUCGAUCUCGAAGACGACGACGACGAAGAAGGCGAGCCAGGCAGCGACGAAGAAGACGUCGAGAUCAACGUCGACUCCAAAACCACCUCAAUCCUCCCCUCCGGCCAAGAACUCGAGGCUUCUUCCUCCAUCGCACCCGAUAUCCAUCUCUCCCGCACUCGCAUCCAAGAAAUCCUCAACGUGCUCGACGACUUCAAGAAGCUCGCCGAGGCCGGUCGCUCGCGGUCCGAGUACGUGACCCAGCUGAUUGCCGACAUUGCAAACUACUACGGCUACACCGAGUUCCUCGCCGGCAAACUCUUUGAGCUCUUCUCCCCGCGCGAAGCACUCGAAUUCUUCGAGGCCAACGAAGUCCCCCGUCCCAUCACGAUCCGCACAAACACGCUCAAAACCCGCCGCCGCAACCUCGCCCAGGCGCUCGUCAACCGCGGCGUGAACCUGAAACCGAUCGGAAACUGGACAAAAGUCGGUCUCCAGAUCUUUGAUUCGCAAGUCCCCAUCGGCGCAACUCCCGAGUACCUUGCUGGCCACUACAUCAUCCAGGCUGCGUCCUCGUUCCUGCCCUGCAUCGCUCUCGCGCCCCAGGAAGGCGAGCGCGUGCUCGACAUGGCUGCCGCGCCCGGUGGCAAAACCACAUACCUCUCCGCGCUGAUGAAAAACACUGGUUGCGUGUUUGCCAACGAUGCAAACAAGGCGCGUACAAAGUCGCUGAUUGCAAACAUCCACCGUCUCGGCUGCACAAACACCGUCGUCUGCCACUACGACGCGCAGGAGUUCCCCCGCGUCAUUGGCGGUUUCGACCGCGUCCUGCUCGACGCUCCCUGCUCGGGCACGGGAGUCAUCGCCAAGGACGCGUCUGUGAAGACCAGCAGGAACGAGAAGGAUUUCAUCGACCUUCCCUUUUUGCAAAAGAAGCUGCUGCUCGCGGCAAUCGACUCUGUCGACGCAAACUCAAAGACCGGAGGCUACAUCGUCUACUCGACCUGCUCCGUCACCGUCGACGAAAACGAAGCGGUUGUCGACUACGCGCUCAGAAAGAGACCUGACGUCAAGCUCGUCGACACGGGCUUGGUCUUUGGUGUCCCGGGCUUCACGUCUUUCAGAGGAAAGGAGUUCAACCAGAAACUCAACCUCACGAGAAGGUACUACCCGCACACAUACAACGUCGACGGUUUCUUUGUCGCAAAGUUUAAGAAAAUGAAGAAGAAAGAGGUCAAGAAGGAGGAGACCGGGGAGGAUAAGAAGAAGCAGAAGAAGAAGGAAACCGAGGACGAGGAGGAAGAGCUUACUUUGUAAUUUAGUAUUGAUGAUAAAAGUGUUUUUUUGCAUGUAAUUAAGGAUAUUAUACAAAAUUAGA